UGGCCCCGCCCAGACCCCCGCGGAGGAAGCGGCGCGAGUCCACCUCGGCCGAAGAGGACAUCAUCGAUGGGUUUGCCAUGACCAGCUUUGUCACUUUUGAAGCGCUGGAGAAAGAUGUAGCACUUAAGCCUCAGGAACGUGUGGAGAAACGCCAGACUCCCUUGACCAAGAAGAAACGAGAAGCACUUACCAAUGGCUUAUCUUUUCAUUCAAAGAAGAGCAGACUCAGCCACCCACACCACUACAGCUCAGACCGAGAAAAUGACCGUAAUCUCUGCCAGCACCUUGGGAAGAGAAAGAAAAUGCCGAAGGGACUCAGACAGCUUCCAGAGUUGCUGGGAUUACAGGCGUGCACCUUCAGCUCAAGCCAGGGCAGAACAGCUGCAGGGACAGUGACAGUGAGAGUGCCAGUGGAGAAUCCAAGGGCUUCCACCGGAGCAGCUCCCGGGAAAGGCUCAGUGAUAGUUCAGCUCCUUCCAGCUUGGGAACAGGCUACUUCUGUGACAGUGACAGUGACCAGGAAGAGAAGGCUUCAGAUGCCAGCUCUGAAAAGCUCUUCAACACUGUAAUUGUGAACAAAGGUAAGG